AUGCAACGUGCCUUAUGCUCUUCCACAGUUAAAUUAGUCUACCUUUAGAGUUCACGUCCUUCUAUUUUUAUUUGAAACAAUCUCUAUCUUGGGUUUUCCCUGGAAAACCGUGUACGUACAUGGUCCAUGCCUUCAUUUUUUUUAUAAUUAAAGUAUCCAUUGUUACUCCUGGAGUAUCUCCUCCCCAUAUUCUUUUGUUUUUUUUUAAUCUGAGAGUUAGAUGUCAUUUUUCUGUGGUAAUCAAAGUCUCCUCCGAAAAGUCUUCCUAUUAUAUCUCUGUCUUGGAGUUGCUUACAUGGAGGGUCUUUUAUUUAGAAUUCUUCAGACUUUCUAUCUCCUUCUUGAAAAUCUGACUGUUCGUUAGAGAAUUCUUGAAAGGCUUUUGUUCGAGUACACUGUUGACAUAAUUGUUCUUUUCUCUAAUCUUUUCCCGCCUCUUUCACAUUGACUCCAUAUGUCAAAUAAAUCCUGUAACUCCAUAUUGUGGAGUUGGUCAUUGCUUUUAGUGUUCCGUAGCAUAGCGAUUUAUCAUUCAUUCCACCUUGUCUCUUAGAGGAUUUGGUGGAUGUAGUUCUUAUUUAGCCAUGGUCUUUAAUGAUACUGCUAAUGUGCAGUUAACCGGAGGAAAAAUAGGUGACCGUCUGAUGGCAGAAGCAGAAACAAAUCUCGCCAUAAACGUGCUUCCUGGGCUGCUAUCAGAUUCUUAUGAAGUGCAAGGAAGAGGGGAACUACAAUUAGGUCUAAUUCUUAUCACCUCGAUGUUUUUUGAAAUGUUUCAUGGAAAGCCAGCACACAAUUUCGAGGAUAACCAUUUUUUGUGUUGUAAUUCAUCACUGUCAUUUUUUAUGCAGCAAUUGAACCUUUGA